AUGCUUUUUAAUUUGAGGAGCUUUUUCCAAAUUAAAAAAUUAACAUGGAACAACAAGCAUCUGCUGCGACAUUUUUGGCGUGGGCCACCAGCUCAAAUGAAUGUAAGCCUGAAAGGUCGCGACCUCCUUACUCUACAGAACUACACAGCUGAUGAACUGAAGCAUUUGCUGUGGAUGGCUUCAGAUUUGAAACACAGGAUAAAGCACAAAGGAGAGUACUUACCUUUAAUGCAAGGAAAAGCUUUGGCCAUGAUUUUUGAGAAGAGAAGUACAAGAACGAGAUUAUCUGCAGAAACAGGAUUUGCUCUCCUUGGAGGACAUCCUUCCUUCCUUACAACACAAGACAUUCAUCUGGGCACUAACGAGAGUCUCAUGGAUACUGCAAGGGUGCUGUCCAGUAUGACAAAUGCAAUCUUGGCUCGAGUUUAUAAGCAUAAUGAUCUGGACCUAAUGACGAAAGAAGCCACAAUCCCAGUAAUCAAUGGAUUGUCUGAUUUAUAUCAUCCUCUACAGAUUUUAGCUGAUUACCUAACUCUUCAGGAGCACUACGGUGGUCUGAACGGGCUCACCAUCACCUGGAUCGGGGAUGGAAACAAUGUCCUCCACUCCAUCAUGACGAGCGCUGCGAAGCUGGGAAUGCAUCUGCAUAUUGCAACGCCCAAGGGCUUUGAACCAGACCUGAGAAUAAUGAAAAUAACUGAACAGUACUCCAAAGAGUAUGGUACCAAGUUGCUUCUCACAACGGAUCCGUUGGAGGCUGCAAAUGGUGCCAAUGUCUUAGUUACAGAUACAUGGAUAAGCAUGGGACAAGAAGAGGAAAAGGAACGAAGACUGAAGGCAUUUCAAGGUUAUCAGAUUACAAUGCAGACUGUGAAAUCUGCUGCUCCCAACUGGACAUUUUUACAUUGUUUACCAAGAAAACCUGAAGAAGUUGAUGAUGAAGUAUUUUAUUCUCCAAGAUCAUUGGUUUUCCAGGAGGCAGAAAACAGAAAAUGGACAAUUAUGGCUGUCAUGGUUUCCCUGCUGACGGAUUACUCACCACAGCUACAAAAGCCUACAUUUUGAUGCUUGGAUUCCAGCCAAAAGAAAAAAUGGCAGAAUAUUCUGGUCCGCA